GCCCCGGCUCCCCCCGGGCGGCGGUGGGCGGGGGCCGGGCGGAGCGGGGAGCACGGCGCGGCACAUCACAGCACGGCUCGGCACGGCACGGCUCGGCUCGGCUUCGCUCUCCCGCCAUGGCAUCCAAGUGCCCCAAGUGCGACAAGACCGUGUACUUCGCCGAGAAGGUGUCUUCCCUGGGCAAGGACUGGCACAAGUUCUGCCUCAAGUGUGAGCGCUGCAACAAGACCCUGACCCCGGGUGGGCACGCUGAGCACGAUGGGAAGCCCUUCUGCCACAAGCCCUGUUACGCCACACUGUUCGGCCCCAAAGGGGUGAACAUCGGUGGUGCCGGGUCCUACAUCUACGACAAGCCGCAGAUCGAGGGGCAGACUGCUCCAGGACCCAUCGAGCACCCGGUGAAGGUGGAGGAGAGGAAGGUGAAUGCUGCACCUCCCAAGGGACCCAGCAAAGCCUCCAGUGUCACCACCUUCACCGGGGAGCCCAACAUGUGCCCACGGUGUGGCAAGAGAGUCUACUUUGCUGAGAAGGUGACUUCUCUGGGGAAGGACUGGCACCGUCCCUGCCUACGCUGUGAGCGCUGCAGCAAGACGCUGACCCCGGGGGGCCAUGCCGAGCACGAUGGACAGCCGUACUGCCACAAGCCCUGCUACGGGAUCCUCUUCGGGCCCAAGGGUGUCAACACCGGAGCUGUGGGAAGCUACAUCUACGACAAAGACCCCGAGGCGAAGAACCAGCCCUAGACAGCGUCCCUGCCCACCUGCCCGCACGCUCUGUGCCCCUCCUGUACUAACCUCCUGCUCCCAGCCUGAGCAGACCCUCACUAGGCUGGCCACAGAGCUGUGCCCUCUCUGCUGUCUCUACUCUGGGCAGGGCAGCCCUGCCCCUGGGUUAUUAGUCUCUAAUAUAUGCUUCAGUGUUUUAAGGCAAAGGUAGAAGGUAUCUCUGGUGGUUCCCAAUGUGCUCUGCCCUCCCCAGCCCUCCCACCAGCCCCCUGAGCAUGGGAGGCAGCAGGGCAGGUGUGGGGUGUCUCUGUGUGCCGGGGAUGGCGGGUGGCACCCAAGGGCGUGAGGAUGGGAGAAGGUGGUGUCAGGAGUUCCACCAGGGGAGAGUGCUCUAUGCUGUCCCUCAGUGCUUGGGGCUGGGGUGAGGGUGCCCAGCCCUCUUCCUCACCAGCUGCUGGAGAUGUGUGACACCUGGCAGCACUGCCCCUCUCCUGGCCCUUUCCAGGCCCCAUGCCCUGGCUCUCACUGUCCCUGGGUGCCACAGCUGGCCCUGUUCACUGUUAGGUCUGGCACCUCCCUGUCUUUGAAUCCCUGUAGGUGCACCCAGGCAGGUGGCCCAGCCUACUCUGCGGGCUGGUUUAGGUUGGUGACCCCCAGCCUGAUCCCCCUGGAGGCACAGCCUGUGCCAGGGGGGACCUGGCAGCUGCAGCCCUGGUGGAGAGGGCUCUCCUCUCCCCACCUUUGGAGGACAGAGCGCAUUGGGCUGGUGGCCUGGGCAGUAGGACCUCCCCCUGCUUCCCAGAGACAGAGGUUUCUCAUCAUUGUUGUUUAUUUAUAAGCAGUUGUAAAUGUGCUCCUUGCUUUGGAGAAUGACACGUGCCCCCAUCUCACCCAUCCCCCCGUGCACUCCCAGCCCUGCUGCUGCCCAGGAGAACAGGGAGAGGGCUGGGGCAGGGCAUCCACUGGGGCAGUGAGCCCUGGGUGCCAGCACCCCCUCUCCUCAGGCUCCCUGUGCUGCUGCAGGGCUGACUUUUGUUACUUGCUGACAAUAAAGGUUUUGAGAGA